UCCGUCCAGGCCGGAACCCAAGAUGGCUGCGCUCUUGCUGAGACAUGUUGGCCGUCAUUGCCUCCGAGCCCACCUUAGUCCUCAGCUCUGUAUCAGAAAUGCUGUUCCUUUGGGAACCACAGCCAAAGAAGAGAUGGAGCAGUUUUGGAAUAAGAACACAUGUUCAAACCGUCCUGUAUCCCCCCAUAUCACUAUCUACAGUUGGAGUCUCACUCUCAGUUGUGACUUGUGGGCAGCAGUGAUGGGUUACUUGGUUUUCUCCUCAGGGGUUUCUCUUUUUGGCUUGUCGGCCCUGUUGCUCCCCGGGAACUUUGAAUCUUAUUUGGAACUCGUGAAGUGCCUGAGUCUGGGGCCAGCUCUGAUCCACACAGCAAAGUUUGCCCUCGUCUUCCCUCUCAUGUAUCAUACCUGGAAUGGAAUCCGACACUUGAUGUGGGAUCUAGGAAAAGGCCUGAAGAUUCCCCAGCUAUACCAGUCUGGAGUGGCUGUUUUAGUUCUUACUGUGUUAUCCUCUGUGGGUCUGGCAGCCAUGUGAAGAGCUGAAGUCCCGGCAUCUUCUUCCUACACAUGAUUACAUUGACCCAUCUUCCUGUUUGCCACUUAGUUCCAGCCAGGGAAAAGUUCUCCUUAUUUGUUUAGAUCCUUUUGUGCUUGCAGGUCCCUUUGGAGCUCAGGAGUGACACCUUGUAGACCACAGUAGUAGCAAAGGGUCUCAUUUUCCCCUUAUUUCUAAAGAUGGAGUGGCUGCAAAAACCCCCUUUUCCUGCCCACAGCUUGCAGUCAACUCUGGGCCCAGGAGUGCUUAUUCUCUCCAUGUUGGGCUUUGAUUUAUGCUGAGGGUCAGCUUUUGGUUCCUUCUUCCCGAGACAGUAGAAACAAUGCCAGCUCUGUGGCCUCUGUCCUGGGGACCGGGGGUGAGGUUUUGGGUGCCACUGCCUGUGGGUUGCUGACUUAAAGGACAAUUCUAUUCAUUGGUCAAAGCCCAGGCCUUUAACACCUACACAGUGUGACUGAAAGAAGAGAUGUGAGGGUGAGGGAAGUUAGCCUGUCUCAGCUUAAGGAAGAUAAAGAGGGCUAGGCAGUUCUUGGAACAGGGGAUUUGGGGAGAAAAUAUAUAGCUUUUGAUACAAAAAGAAGAUCCAGAAAAUUAUCAUUAGCAUAUUAAUGGUUCUUUUCUUUGCAUUUUUAGAAAAACCUCUUAAUUUCAUGUUUUCUAAUCCAUGUUCGAUACCAUCUUUUUCUGAAACUGAAUUAAAAUACUAAUUUUA